GUCCAACCUCACUCUUCUCUCUCUCUCUCUCUCUCUCUCUCUACUUCAUACCGUCUCUUGUUCUCCCUCUCCCUCACCUCACUUGGACCUUGCUCCAAAGUCAAAGCUGCCAGCCCUCUCUCCUCUCUCGCACAUGGGCCGAUCCAACUAAGCUGAUCCUUCAAACCGUGAUCCAUCGAACGUCGAUAUCCACUGUCUUCCCCCGUCCGACCAAACAGCUUCCGCUGCUGCCCGAUUGAUACCUCACCGAGGGGCACCAAAGACGAGAGACACGAGGCAAACCAGUCGCGGCUCGCCUUCGUCAGUUGCAGGACACAUUCACGAGAAGGAGAAAAAAAAGGAACAGAGAAAAAAAAGCAGGGCGCGCAAUAUCACCGCAUGUGCAUGUCCGAUAUGCAACCCGCCAUCCAAACCCAAUCACCGCUCCACGGCAUGCAUUGAAGUCACCCACUCACGAGCAACCAGCUGUCAGGGUGCACGCAGUACGCAGCACAUACAGCACAUCCUUUCUCGACACUAAGCCUACCUUGUAGAUCCAAGGCCGUGAGACCCUCACCACACGUCCACCCCCCCUCGACUCCCGACUCCCGCUACCGCUACCGCUCCCGCUCCCCUUUUUUUCCUCCACCACCCUCAAAACUCGUCGCACUCCCGGAUGAGGCUGGCCCCAGCCCAAUGGCCUAUCGAGAUGGCGCAGAGUUGCACAGGAGAACGAGCCGUCGGCGGCAUCCUUCCAGCCCGCCGCAAAUGGCCGACUAUGAUUGGCACCCGAUCCCUCACCCUCACAUGAGCCCUCACCCCAGCGUCGCUGCUGCUGAGUCCGCCUACGACCCGAUGCCCUACCGGAGACCCAGAGACUUUAUACAAGGGCCCGACAGCACGAGCUCACCCUCGCCCUUGGGAGCACCACCGAGAAGAAUCGUAAAGCUCAGCAGUGCGCCUCCCACUCCAGGAGCCACGAUGCCCAGAACCCCAAAAGCCGGUGCUCCGUAUAGAAGGGGAAGGGUCCCAGUGGACAAUGGCUACAAGACGUACGACGAGGAAGAGGAGGAGGAGGACAGCGAGGAAGAGUCAGACGACAGUGAGGAGGAGGAGGAAGAGUCCCCCCUGGCUAGACGCCGGCAGCAGCAGUCUUCCAUUCGACACCGUAGCCGCAGCACCGCCCGUCACUCGAGGACGCGGCCGCCGGUCUACGAGUCGAGACGGUCUUCGAGGUAUUCGCGGUCUGAAUCCGAAUCGGAGUCGGAUGAGGACUCGGAAACGAGUGACUCAUCCGAGGAAGAGAAGCGAGAGACACGGCGAGAAAGGGAAAGGCGGGACCGGGAGAGGUACCAAAAGGCAGCACGGCAUGCUCAGACCGUUGUCGAGCGGCGGACACCCCCAUCAGCCGAUAACACAACCAAGCGCCGUAGAAAGAUCAAGAAGAUUAUCUAUAUGGAGGAGGACGGCUCCACCGAGCCCACGCCGCGGCAGUCCCUGGGCGACCUCAGCCGCUCGUCUUCACGGCACCGCUCUCACCCGUCCUCGUCGCGUCCGGCAUCCGAGAGGCACUAUCCCAGACAGCAUUCGUAUAGCCCCGUGAGGAGAUCGAGCCGUCAUCAUUCGUCGGCCAAGACGUACGAGAUCUCUCAACCUCCCAGCGCCACCAAGAGGUUGGCGUACGAGAUUCUUCCGGAUAGGGGUCGUCUUGACGUGAUUCCCAGUAGGCAUUCCAGGAGACACCAGUCUCAGGUUGUGUACCCAGAGACGCGGUCGAUCCGCCGCUCCAACACCGUAUCAGGGGCAUCGCAUGUCACGUCGCACACGCGAAGCACGACUUCGUCAAGUAGGCCGGCGUCUACUUUGGUGGGAAACGUCCUCACGGGGAGCACCGUCUCCCGCUCGUCAGAGAAGCCAGGAGCCAGAGUCGAGUGCCUCAUAUGUAUGGGAGAGUUCCAGCCGAGUAGAAUCGCAAAACUCAAGUGCGGCCAUCGACAGUGUGACGCGUGCCUCAAGAGACACUUUAAACUCUCCAUCACAGAUCCAACGCAGAUGCCUCCAAAGUGCUGUGUCGCAAACAUACCCUUGAAACACGUGGACCACCUGUUCACGCCCGAGUUCAAGAAGAAGUGGAAUAGAAAGUUUUCAGAGUUCACGGCGGCCAACCGCAUCUACUGCCCUUCGAGAAAGUGCGGCGCGUGGAUAAAACCCGAACACUUCCGCAAUGAAGGGGGCGGUCGCCAGUCCGCAAAGUGUGGCCAGUGCAAGACCAAAGUGUGCUGCUCUUGCAAUGGCAAAUGGCACUCAUCGAGGGAGUGUCCCAGCGACGAAGAGACGACGAGGUUUCUAGACCACGCUAAAGACGAGGGAUGGAAGAUGUGCUACAAGUGCAGUCACAUGGUUGAGCUCAAGGAGGGCUGCAACCACAUGACAUGUAUUUGCGGAGCACAAUUUUGCAUGGUGUGCGGUACCAAAUGGAAGAGUUGCGAUUGCCCUUGGUUCAAUUACGAGACGGUCGAGGCGGAGCGGCUUAACGAGAUGCAUCGGCCGUUAGUGAUGGGCCGAAUGGAGCAGCCAGACCCGGGCACCGAGACCCCGAGAAGCGCGAGAAGUAUCCGAUCAGCCGGCGUGGGUCACACGACGCCUCGUUCGCGUUCCCAAGAGUACGACAACCGACUGAUGCGGAGGUUCCAAGAGAACCGCGACGAGGACCUCGCGAGGACGAUGCAGACGUACGAGCUCGAUGACGCGUAUGACCGAGGGUACGGGGACCUCGUUGGCAUCGGCAACACGGCGGGCCACUUCAUGAAUGAGGACUAUCGCAGAGACACGGACGUAUUCGCAUCCGCACCUAUACCGCCUGCGCCAACGCCACCGACGGCGUUUGAGCGACCGCCGCCGACCGAUUACAUGUCGGGCGUCAACCGGGCGAGAGGCCUCCCCCAGGAUCCUCUGGGGCAGCGACUGGCUGAGCGGUUCUCCGAGUCGCGGUCGAGUCCAGGUGGCCCCCGGCCGGGUAUGAUGGCGCCGCCGCCACUGCCACCGCUUGCGGCCAUGACGGCUCCCAUCAUGGGUCCUCCCCCUCCCAUGAUGGGGCCGAUGGCCAUGGGCCCGCCGCCGCCGAUGCCACCCCCGAUGCCGAUGCUGCGACGGCACACGAUGGAAGAUGAGUUGUACAACAGCGUCAGAUCGAUGCGGCCGUCCGAGCGGAUGACGCCGGGGCGGAUGAUACACGACUACGAGAUGGAGGCAGCGGCGCACGCGCACACGCCCCGGAGCCGGAGACGAAUGCGAGAGGAGCCCAAGUCGUCGACGCUCGCCGGGCUCACGGGCAUUGGCCGCGGCGUGAACCGGGUGCAUGAAUGGCGAAACUAUGUGUGGCCUGGCCAGCCCGAGGGUGAACACGCGGUCGUAGCGUGAUGCUUUACGACAGAGAAGGGGAGUCAUCUUACGAACAGAUAAAAAAAAACAAGCGAAAUACAGGACACAGCACGACUUAUGAUUUUGCGAUUUUUCCGGCCACGGUUCUGUUCCACAUUGCGCGCGUUCGCGGGUUGCGGGUAGGCUGUCUGCUAUUUUCAUAUGGUGAUGGGGUGGGUGGGUUAUUACUUUUGCAUGUAAUACUAAAGGCGUGAUAUAUCCUCAGAUGGAACAUGGAUUUAGGGGCGGGCGUGGUUUUCUCGGGGAAUUAUAGGUACAGCACGCAAGGUAGUGAUGAAGUUUUAACGAAGCAUAACACACAACCUGGACGUUCUUGUGCCUUGCCUUGUGUGCUUGCGUCGCUCAGGUCAGCACAGUAAAGCAGAGCACAGCUGGCUCGGCUCGUUUCUCAUGUGAACUCUCCUGCCUCGGUCGGUUCGCCGUGAGUCUGUAGUUUGUGAGAUUUGUGUUUGCUC